AUGCAAGGCAAGGAGCAGAAGAUUGAUCCAUCUCCAUCAGAGACCCAAGUCAAGGGCUUUCAAAGCUUUGUCAGAACCAAUGUAAGUGCUGGUGGGUCCCAUGGAAAACAAUGUUAUUCGGAUGACUCAGAAAGCUUCUACAUCAAACUCACUGAGUUGUUAGACUCCUCUGGACUGACUCUAAUUUUCAAUGCCCGAGAAACAUUGUUGGACUUGUACCUGUUUUACUUGGAGGUGACCAGAAGAGGAGGAUAUCACCAGGUUGGUCGAGAAAAGAAAUGGGGUGAAGUUGUCUCUGCCUUAAAAUUGGAAGGCAGUAAUGUGAAGUUAUCUGCUCAAGUUGAAAAGCUCUAUGCACAUCUUCUUUACCAAUUCGAGCAAUUGUACUUCUAUAGGAGUCCUGCAAAUCAAGCUGGAGGUUAA